AUGUACUCUCCCCGAAUCGGCGACCGCAUCGCCACCCUCGACACCCCCUCCAUGAUCGUCGACCUCGACCUCAUGGAAUCCAACAUCCAUACCCUCAUGACCAAGCUCCUCCCCACCGGCCGCGCCAUCCGCCCUCAUCUGAAAACCACCAAAAGCGCCAUUCUCGCUCAGAAACUUGUCCAGGCCGGCGCAACGGGCGGCUGCGUCGCCAAAGUCAGCGAGGCCGAGGCCCUUGCCGCGGCUGGAUUCUCCGAUCUCCAUAUUACUUCUCCGAUCGUGGGGCCGGCCAAGGUCCGACGGCUGGUGGCUUUGUUUCGGCGGUUUCGCGAGAUUCGGAUCGUGGUGGAUUCGGAGGUCGGGGCGAAGGCGAUUGAUGAUGCGUUGGGGGAGAUGUCCGGGGUCGAUGGGGUUGAUGCGGAGGAGCCGAUAAGGACGCUGAUUGACUUGGAUGUUGGACUGCACCGGACGGGCGUGAAGCCCGGGGAGUCGGCGAUGAGGUUGAUUCGAUAUGUGGGUGGAUUGAAGCAUUUGAAGAUCGUGGGCGUGCAGGGGUACGAAGGGCAUUUGCAGCAUCUGCACGAUGCGCGGGAGCGACGCGCGCAGUGUCUGGAAUCGAUGCGUGUCCUCACCGACACGGCGGAGGCCUUUCGUGCAGCUGGAUACUGCAUGGACAUCGUGACCACGGGAGGCACGGGCACGGCAGAGAUAUGCGCUUCUGUGCCCGGGGUGACGGAACUACAGCCGGGAUCGUUUAUCUUCAUGGAUACCGAUUAUCGCAAUGCGGUGGGCUCGUUCUACGCCAACAGUUUGACGAUUCUGUCGACGGUGAUUAGCCAACAGGGUCCGCGAGCUGUGACGAUUGACGCAGGAUUGAAGUCGUUAUCGACGGACAGUGGCAUGUCCGAGUGCAAGGACUCACGGUAUACGUAUCAUGAGUUUGGGGACGAGCAGGGUUCGUUGAAGUGGGAAGACGAUGGUGAUGGAGAGAAUACGCCGGGAUUGACGGUGGGAGAUCGUGUCGAGAUUGUCCCGAGUCAUAUUGACCCGACGGUGAACUUGCAUGAUGUUUAUUAUGCGCACCGAAACGGGGUCAUUGAGGAGAUUUGGCCGGUGGAUUCGAGAGGAAAGGUUCAAUGA